CAUAUCAGCACCCCCCCGAACCCUCCAUUUCCAAUAAUUUAUGUAUAUGAAAGUUGCAUCUCUCUUGUACCACAAGGAGAUUGCAAGAACUCUUACUCCAGAGAGCAACCGAAGACGAUAAAGAAAAGGAGAGAAAGAGAAAGAAAGAGACGAGAGGCGACAGAGCGACAAUAGAGAGAGUGAGUGUGGGAGGGGGUAGAGAGAGAGGAGUCGAAGAAGCUUUCAAUUGCCACAGAAGGGAAAACGAUGUCUGCGAACUUCAAUUCCUUUCAUACUAUGCGACUCUCAGAGAUUUGGUUAUUCUGGCACUGAUCCUUGUCGAAUUCAGCAAACUGGACAGUUGAAGUGAUGCUGCCGAAGGAAAUAAAGAAGUUGACGACGACGACGACAAUUAUGACGAACAACGAGAUUUCAAGAUGGGAAUAGCAGCACCGCCACUUGCAUCAAUAAUCUCUCACUCAAAGUGCAAGAGCCACCAUUCCUUUUUUACCGUCGACAAUAAGUCCGAUUUUUCCAAUUCUAUGUCCAUGUCCCAAGAUUAUCAUCAGGCAGGAAUCUUCAGCUUCUCGAAUGGAUUCGAGAGAUCCACUGCAACUCAGCAACCUCAUCAGCAGGCGCAGAUCCGGAGGGACAAAGUGAGGGUGCAAGGCUUCGACCCACCACCACCGUUAGUGGGUAUUGAGGAAGAGGAAUCCGGAGGCCUUCCCGUGUACGAAACCGCCGGGAUGCUAUCCGAGAUGUUUAGUUUCCCUCCUUCCGGCGCCACCUCUUCAGAAUUGUUGGAACAACAACACUUGACGGCGACGUAUCGAUCGUUCAGCAGGCCACAACAGCAGGCUACUGCGAUGGGCAGUGAGUGGUACGGAGACCAACAAGGCAUGAUAAGUGGUCUUGGAGAUUCGAAGAAUCACCACCACCACCGUCCUCAUCAGCGUCAGAUUUCAAGCAUGAAUGCGGCGGAUUCAGCGGCUGCCAUGCAGCUUUUUCUGAUGAAUCCUCAAACAAGAUCGCCUUCCCCUCCUCACAAUCCUUCCACUAGUUCUUCCACCCUCAACAUGUUGCUCCCCAAUCCUUCCUCUUCUCUGCAACAAUUCCCUGCAGGCCCCGGAACGGGAGGAGCUUUUGGUCAAUUCACCUGGAUUCCGUUUUCUGAAUCAGGUUCUCAAGAAGUAGGAACCAACGCCAACACCAACCAGAAUCCGGGUGAAAUCGGAGGGGUUGUGGAAGGCCAGGGCCUUUCUUUAUCGUUGUCGUCUCCUUUAGAAGCAGCGAAAGCCGAGGAACUAAGGAUGAGCGAUAGCGGGUUUCUUAAUUAUUACAGUCAAAGUGCGGCAGGAGGGUCCUCAUCUGCUCAGUAUCCGUACAAGAAUUUGGGAGGAGGUCAAACUCAAACUCACACAUUGCAUUUACAAGGAAUAGCGCAGAACCACCAAGUCCAUGCUGGUUUCGGGUCAUCGUUAGGGAUUGCAAAUGUGCUGAGGAACUCUAAGUAUGUGAAGCCCGCUAAAGAGUUGCUUGAAGAAUUCUGCAGCGUUGGGAGGGGUCAAUUCAAGAAGAACAAAUUCAGCAGGCAGAACUCCAACCCUAAUUCCAAUUCCGGUGUUGGUGCCGCUGCUUCUUCAUCCUCAACAAAAGAUCCUCCACCUUUGUCAGCCGCCGACAGGAUUGAGCAUCAGAGAAGGAAGGUCAAACUUCUCUCCAUGCUUGACGAGGUGGACCGAAGAUAUGGUCACUACUGCGAGCAAAUGCAAAUGGUAGCGAACUCAUUUGACUUGGUGAUGGGUUUUGGGGCGGCGGUGCCAUACACGGCGCUGGCACAGAAAGCAAUGUCAAGGCAUUUCCGAUGUCUGAAGGAUGCCAUAUCAGCACAACUGAAGCACAGUUGCGAGUUGCUGGGCGAGAAAGACGGGUUGGGUUCGUCGGGUUUGACUAAGGGUGAGACUCCAAGGUUGAAGCUGCUGGAGCAUAGCCUGAGGCAGCAGAGAGCCUUCCACCAGAUGGGCAUGAUGGAGCAGGAGGCUUGGAGACCCCAGCGAGGUCUUCCCGAACGUUCUGUCAACAUUUUGAGAGCCUGGCUUUUCGAGCACUUCCUCCACCCGUAUCCAAGCGAUGCAGAUAAGCAUCUGUUGGCUCGACAGACUAGCCUAUCAAGAAAUCAGGUAUCAAACUGGUUCAUUAACGCGAGGGUAAGGUUGUGGAAACCUAUGGUGGAGGACAUGUAUCAGCAAGAGCUUAAAGAAGCGGAGGACGCGGAAGAGAGAGAAAUGAAUCAAAGUAACAGCAACAAUAGUGGCAACAACACGGCUCAAACGCUUACCACCACCACAACCACGGCUACUACCACAUCAACAGCGACGGCGUCAGCGUCAGUGCCACCAACAACGCCGCCAGCCAAAAGAUCGGACGUCAAUGCCUCCGAAAGAGACCCCCAACUCGUGGCAAUCAACAGACAAGCCCUCUUGGAAAACCAAGCAAAGCAACAGUCGUCCACCACCACCGCCUCUGAGGUGGCGCCGCCCGUGUCCCAAUGCUUCCAAUCAGACCUGCCUCUGCAGGGUCAUGAUGACACGUGUCGGCGUGGCAGCAUGGUUGCAGAAGACUGCGGGACCGCCUCGGCCACUGCUAACAAUAUCGGAUCUACUCUCAUUAGGUUCGGGACCACCGCCGGUGAUGUGUCGCUCACCCUAGGGCUACACCACGCCGGGAACAUCCCUGACACUUCUCCUUUCUCUGUUAGAGAUUUUGGAGGCAUUUGAUUAAACUUAUAUACAUAUAUUAGAUUUACAUAUAAAAUACAUAUGGGAAGCUGAGGUUGCUUAUUAUUUCAUCCAUAAAGAAAACCCCUUUUUUUGCUGAUUUUUAUCGCCAUGUCCCUCUUGCUUUUAUUUACGUACAUUAUACCCCCCUUAGAGGAAAUAAAGGAUAAAGAGAGUAGUUUAAGAUCAGAAACGUAGCUUUGCGCGUUAGCUCAGGAAGCUGCUUGGUUCCCGGUUGUAUAACUGUAUAGCACAAUAUAUUGUUUCCCAUCUUUACCCAGCAUGUAUCAAGGUUUUCACACCUUAAUUUAAUGCGUAUCUUAAUUUAAUAUGAUUUGAUCUCA